AUGGCUAGUACUACUUUAAAGGAUUCAAAAAGUGGCGAAAAAGAGAAUGAAAAAAAGUCAUCUACAAAUGAUAAAAAAUAUGACAUAGCAAAUGAUGAGAAUUAUAAAAAAUUAAAAGAAGAUAAAAAGAGAUUAAAAAAGGAGUUGCUAUAUAAAGAAAAUGAAAUAAGUAAUUUAAAAAAAAUAUUAGAUGACCGAGAUAAUGAAACUAAAACCAAUUAUAUACCUUUAAAUGAAGCUAGGAAAAUUACUUAUAAAGCAUUAAGAAAAGGAUCAGCAGCACAAUUAUUUAUAAACUUAAUAGAAAGUAAUAAUAUAAAUUAUAAAUUAAAAAAAGAAGCUCUUAAUAAUUUAAUUACUAAUGCUUUUGGUGUUAUGCGUCAUGAAAAAAAAGAUCGAUAUUCAGAAAUUUUCAAAUAUACAGAUUCACAUUUAAAAUUAUUUAGACAAGAACAGUUAAUACUACUAGCAGAGAAUGAAAGAUUAACAAUACAACUCAAGGACCUAAAGAAACAAUUAUUAGAUAAUAAAAUAGAAUAUAUGAAAAAAAACGAAAGGAACUUAAUAACAUGUAUGAAAAGAAAUGCAAAAGACAAUAACAGAAUUUUUAAUAAAUAUAACAAUAUAGAUAGUAAUUAUACUAUUUAUAAUAAUAAUAAUGAUGAUGAUGAUGAUUAUGUAGAAUUAGAUGCCGAUAUUGUUGAAAAGAAUUUUAAUAAUUUUAUAAAGAAUAUAAAAAUAGCUCAGUUAAAAUUAUUAUAUUAUGCAUUUAGAAAGUUGAGUAAUAAUUUGUGUUAUAACUAUGAUCCCGUAAAUAAUAAUACAAGUAUGUUAUAUUCAUUAAAACAAGGAACAGAAAAGUUAAAUAACAUUAUAAAAUAUAAAACAAAUAAAAAAAUAUCAAAUAUAUUUUAUAUGUUAUUAUUCUAUAAUUCAAAUCAUUUUAUAUAUAAUAGAAUGAAAAAUAAACAAUACAGUAGAAAUAACAAAAAAGAUCAUAUGAUUUUUUCUCAUCAUAUUAAUGAAUAUAGUAGUAAUAGUAAUUAUCCUAAUUUGAACAAAAAUAAUAACCAAGGAAUAUCAAAUUAUGUUUUUAAACCUUAUUAUUAUGAUACAUUACCAAGUGCGUCAUAUGAUAAUAGAAACAAAAUAUAUAAUAAAAAUGAAGGUAAUAAUUAUGAUUAUAAAUAUAAUAAUUAUAAUAAUAUAGAAUCAUCAAUGUCUAAAUUCAAAAAAGAUUGUAUUAUAAGAGAUAUAAAUUAUAAGGACAGAUUUUAUUUUGAACCUAUAUUAUAUAAUAACCAACGAGAUAUUAAUAAGCAUAUGAAUAAAACAAACAAUAUGAAUCACACUAAUCUACACACUAAUUCUUAUAUUGAUUUAACAAUACAAAAUAAAAAAGAAAAUACACAAAAACAUACAUAUUCUAGUGACUUUGAUUUUAUUAAUGAUUUUAAUUCAUAUAGUAAAGAAAAAUUUAUUGAUAUGUUUAUAACAGAAACGAAUAAAACAUAA